CAGUGUUUGUGUUCAAGAGUGUCUCUUUGGCAUAGAAGUUCCCAGGUGUAGACAUUUCACCAAGUAAAUGCUACUUCCUGUUUUCCAUAUUUUCUUCUCAUAAGCUAAUUGAGGGAAAUUGCAGUUGCAUUAUCAAGAAAAUAAAUCAAGUGCUCAGUGUUUAGCUUCCUUCACAAAUUCAAUUGGCCUAUUACUACUGAUUUUAAUGGGCACAAAGAAUAGACACUGGCAGGAAGCUGGCACUUGUAUCAUUUUCCACGUUUCAUUGACAGGGUUAUGAAGGCCUGGGGCUGUUACUGAUCUCUCAGUGGUAGAGAAUUAUGAUCUGCAGUGCUGUGGGUGAGGGCCAUAAUCAAACCUCUUCUCUAAAGGCAUGAUUCUUGCUCCAGAGAAGUGUGGGAACUUCAGGAGAAGCAAAUUAAGUGUCCAAAUUUCUCAAUAAAAUCCCAUGUGUGGCUUCUGCAUGAGGAAUCCCUAUCAGAAAUACAUGGCACAUCCAUAAAUUACUGCUCAAGCACACUGGGACAAAAAGGUCUUCCAGAACUGAAUUCCUUCGACUUUGAAGUGAGUGGAAGUCACUUAUGUGCCUUCAGUCACCUGUGGGUUUUUUCAUGGGUGCUUGUGCAAGACCUCUCUUUACUCAGCUGUUGCAUCUGCUUGGAAAUACAAAGCCCCUGCCUGGUUCCCUGUAGGGGUAAACCCAGUCUGCACAACAUUCAAAUUCAGAAGGGUGACAGUAAGGUGAAUGUCCUGAAAUACAACACACUGCACAUGUACAAACACAUACAGGGUCUUCAGAAAGAGCAGUUACAACCUCUGCCUUGCAGAAUACAGCCCUAGUGGCUUGUGCAAAAUCUGUGCAGUCAGAACUUCAGCAAUUCUUACCUUCUUGUAGAAAUCAAAUACAUCACUGAGUAUGAUAAAAUUCUUAAAUAUUCCACUUGCCCCUCAAAAAAAAUGAAAACUGACACCAAAAUAAAAACAAACAAAACCUCCCCCAAACAAACAAAAACCCCAACAAAACAAAAACCACAAAUAAACAAAAAACCAAAAAAACCACCAACAAAACAAAAAACCCCACAGGAAAAAAAACCCAAAAUCCCCCAAGAUUACAGUUGGGCUGCUAUACACGGUUAACCAAAAUGUGAAAGUCAGGGUAGUUGCCUUUUUAAAAAAUACUUUAGAAGCUCUAGCUUUUCAAUAUUUGGGAAAGCUUAAGCAGAUGUUUUGGAAAGGAAAAGUAGGCUGGCAUACAGGAGAGGAUCUUUCAAGCAGUGACAGUUGUAUUGAAGAAAAGGCAGAAGUGGAUGGGUGGGUGGGUGGAUAGAUGGCAGGGAGAAUUAGGAAGUGAAGGUAACAAGGAUGAAGCCUUUGAGGGAGGCUUGCAGAGCAUGUUUAUGACACAGAAGAUGGAGGGAAGUCAAUUUGGAAAAGCUUGAAAUGCAGUACCAGAAAAACGCAAGGGAUGGUGAAAUUGCAGUUUGUCUCAUUUCCAAGCUGCUGUGACUAGAUAUUUCCCAGAGCAGCACCCUGGUCCUCAGAGUCACCAGGAAUACCUCCUGGCAUGCACCCCGCAUACUUCCUAUGCUUUUACCUCGUGAAAAAAAUGUGAGUGUUGUCGCUGUUGCGAAAAAGAAUGCACAGAACGAUUGAUUAGCUGAGGUUAGGGAGGAAAAAAAGCCGCAUGUGUGCCGGUGGUGCGGGAUCAGGCAGGGCAGGGUCAAGCGGCUUGCAGUUUAAUCCCGCAGGAUUGCAGGCUGCUGCGCCCCCGAUCAGAUAUCCUAUAGACGGAGGAUGCAGUCACAUGAUUGUUACCGCUUCCUCCCCAUGACAUCACCGCUGCUGCAGCCAUACCACCACGGAAGGAUGCUAGUAAAAUCAUUGGGAUUGGGCUAAAUGAUGUUGCAUUGCAGAUCCUAAUAUGGUCAAUGCAGGAGACAUGAAUGGUUCAGGCAACCUGAUGGAUUUUCUGGACGAGCCUUUUCCCGAUGUUGGAACGUACGAGGAUUUCCACACCAUCGACUGGCUGCGGGAGAAGUCGCGCGACACCGACCGCCAUCGCAAGAUUACAAGCAAAAGUAAAGAAUCCAUAUGGGAGUUCAUCAAGAGUUUGCUGGAUGCCUGGUCAGGAUGGGUUGUAAUGCUUCUCAUAGGACUGCUGGCAGGUACAUUAGCUGGAGUGAUAGAUUUGGCUGUGGAUUGGAUGACAGACCUGAAAGAGGGUGUCUGCCUGUCUGCCUUCUGGUACAGCCAUGAGCAGUGCUGCUGGACGUCUAAUGAAACGACCUUUGAUGACAGGGACAAGUGUCCCCAGUGGCAGAAAUGGUCUGAACUCCUUGUAAGCCAGUCCGAGGGUGCAAGUGCUUACAUUCUAAACUAUUUUCUGUACAUUAUGUGGGCUCUAUGUUUUGCUUUCCUGGCAGUCUCCCUGGUCAGAGUGUUUGCUCCUUAUGCCUGUGGCUCUGGAAUCCCAGAGAUAAAAACCAUCUUGAGUGGGUUCAUUAUUAGGGGCUACCUGGGAAAAUGGACACUUUUAAUCAAAACAGUCACCUUGGUUCUGGUGGUGUCUUCAGGCCUCAGCCUUGGGAAAGAGGGCCCAUUAGUCCAUGUGGCCUGUUGCUGCGGAAACUUCUUCAGCAGCCUUUUCUCCAAGUACAGCAAGAAUGAAGGAAAGAGAAGAGAGGUACUCUCAGCUGCAGCUGCUGCAGGAGUUUCUGUUGCCUUUGGGGCUCCAAUCGGAGGUGUGCUUUUUAGUCUGGAAGAGGUCAGCUACUACUUUCCCCUGAAAACCCUCUGGAGGUCAUUUUUUGCUGCUCUCGUGGCUGCCUUCACGCUGAGGUCCAUCAAUCCCUUUGGGAACAGCCGGCUGGUCCUGUUCUACGUGGAGUACCACACCCCCUGGUACAUGGCCGAGCUCUUCCCCUUCAUCCUGCUCGGCGUCUUCGGGGGCCUCUGGGGGACGCUCUUCAUCCGCUGCAACAUUGCCUGGUGCAGGCGGCGGAAAACCACCAGGCUGGGCAAGUACCCGGUGCUGGAGGUGAUCGUGAUCACGGCCAUCACGGCCAUCAUCGCCUACCCCAACCCCUACACCCGCAGGAGCACCAGCGAGCUCAUCUCCGAGCUCUUCAACGACUGCGGCGCCCUGGAGUCCUCGCAGCUCUGCGACUACAUCAACGACCCCAACAUGACCCGCCCGGUGGACGACAUUCCCGACAGGCCUGCUGGCCCCGGAGUCUACUCUGCCAUGUGGCAGCUGGCCUUGGCUCUGGUGUUCAAAAUCGUCAUCACGAUAUUCACUUUUGGCAUGAAGAUCCCUUCAGGUCUUUUUAUUCCCAGCAUGGCUGUUGGAGCCAUGGCUGGCAGGAUGGUUGGGAUCGGAGUGGAGCAGCUGGCAUAUCACCAUCACGACUGGAUCAUCUUCAGGAACUGGUGCAGACCUGGGGCAGACUGUGUCACACCAGGGCUUUAUGCUAUGGUGGGAGCAGCAGCUUGCUUGGGUGGCGUUACUCGAAUGACGGUCUCUCUGGUGGUGAUCAUGUUCGAGCUAACUGGAGGCCUGGAGUACAUUGUACCUCUUAUGGCUGCAGCUGUCACAAGUAAGUGGGUGGCAGAUGCCUUUGGAAAACAAGGGAUCUAUGAAGCCCACAUUCACCUGAACGGCUACCCCUUCCUGGAUGUGAAGGAUGAGUUCACCCACCGAACGCUGGCGACGGACGUGAUGAGGCCGCGGCGCGGCGAGGCUCCCCUCUCUGUGCUGACACAGGACAGCAUGACAGUGGAGGAUGUCGAGACACUCAUCAAAGAGACCGACUACAACGGCUUCCCAGUGGUGGUUUCAAAAGACUCAGAGAGACUUAUCGGAUUUGCACAGAGACGAGAGCUGAUCCUUGCCAUAAAGAAUGCAAGACAGCGUCAGGAUGGGGUGGUGAGCAACUCCAUCGUGUACUUCACCGAGGACCCCCCAGAGCUGCCACCCAACAGUCCCCACCCGCUGAAACUGCGGCGCAUCCUCAACCUGAGCCCUUUCACUGUCACUGACCACACCCCAAUGGAAACUGUGGUAGAUAUUUUCCGAAAACUUGGACUCCGGCAGUGUCUGGUGACUCGCAGUGGGAGGCUGCUGGGUAUCAUAACUAAAAAGGAUGUAUUAAGACAUAUGGCUCAAAUGGCAAACCAGGACCCUGAAUCUAUCAUGUUUAACUAGACUGGUAAAGAAGAAGAAAGUAACCCCAAAGGAAUCCCUUCUAGAUUAACACGAAGGCUGUGUUUGGUGUUUCAUCUUGCUUAAAGAGGAAAAGGUAAUGCAUGUGAAGAGUGGCCCGAUAUGCCUCUGACAGAGGGAGUGGAUGCAGGACAGCACUUAUUUUGAGGAAGGCAGUUUAGAAGCUCUGAGCAGCUGCAGACAUCAAGCUGUGUUUCCUUGAUGAGAUUCCCAACAGCUCAACUGGAGUGCUGUGGGUGUAAGUGAUGCUGUGCUUAGAGACAAAGAGCCACGAGCACCAGUGGAAGGCAUCGAGGUCACGUAACUCGUGAGGCAGGUGUGAAGAGCAGCAGACACUGUUUGUGCACAAGCUGCCAAGAGAUACAGAGGUUUGUGUUCCAAGCCAGAGAGUGUAGACCAGUAAUGUCAGUGGCUUUUGUUACUGGAAUCAUGGCUCUUUGUUUGCAACUGAGUUAUAGCAUUUUCAUGACGGACAAAAAUUGACAUAUUUUUAAAUGAAAGAUUUUCUCAUCUUCAUUUUAUUUUGUAAAUCUUUAAUGAAUCAAGACUGGAGUUAAGUCCUAAGAAAGAGUAAAAUUAUGCCUCAAAUCACUUUAAAAUGUAAUGUCCCUUGCUCCCUGCUUAAGUCUUUUGAAUUUUAUACUGCUUAGCAUUUCUGUCAACCAGCUUCCCCUUAUUAAUGUUGAAAUGGGAUUUAUUUGUAGGAAUUUAUUAUCUCUCUAUGCAAUUUUGCAUACAAGUACUGUAAAAUUUAGUAUUUUGUGGUUUGCUGUGGUAACUGGAAAAAACAUAGAAGCCCAUAAAAUAGUUUUCAAAAGCACUAAAAGGACAGUGGUAUCCAUCUCUCAUCAGUGUUAGUGACAAGAGAUUGAAUCCCUCACCUGUCUUCCCCUGUGUAUAUCACAAUUUUUCACAAAUGAAUGACAUUCUGCAUUGAUUCUUGGUUCUCCACUUAGGUCCUUUUUGUCAUUGCUCUUUCUUGGCAUUUGUCUGCACUUGCCAAGAGAUUGCUGAAAUUAGUUUAACAGCCAUAGACGUUUAUUCUGUAAGAGAUCUACUUUUUAUGCACUCGUCAGUCAUAGGACUGUGGAAUUCCUCUCCACAGCACUGCUGCUGGAUAAGAUCAGAGGGAUUGAGAAUGCAAUUGAUCAUAGGAUAGCUUUAAGUAUUUAUCUGUUUGCACCAAGAACACAAGAUUUAACAGACCCUGGUAGAGACCUCUAAGUCACUCAGGUAAAAAUGUGAAAUUUUCCUAAACCCUUAUUCUGGUCCUAUGUGAGAUAAAGAGGGUCAACCUUUAGCCAAUACUGCUAUCAGUAACAGAAAACCAAAUUGUACUCUCUGUAACACAUAAUUCACACUGCUCAGUGUUUGCUGUACAGAUGUAAACUUAAAAAUUGCAGAAAGGUUGUGCCCUGAAUCCCCUUCAGACCUCCUGGUCCCUUCAUUUAGGCACCUAAGACCUCUGGUAUUUUUGUUCAGAUUCACCCAGCUAACUGGUGGUGUUGGAAUGGUCCUCAUGGAUAGAGAUGACCUCUCAUGCCAGAACAGGCUGUUGCUUACUCCAGCCCAGACCCAGACUGUUGAUCUAACAUGUAGGCAAUGUGCAUGAUUAUUGUGUCCCUGAACUGAGACAACUACUCAGGUGUGCCCUGAGUUGGAUGCUGAAGUUCUGUGUCACAAAUUCCUCCUCUUAUCUCCAGUCGCCCUGCUUCCUCCUGGCAUGUGUCCCACUGCAUUCACAUGGAGCAUGGCCCGAAUUGCUGAAGAAAAAGAAACGGAAGAAAAGGGAUAAUUUGAAUUUGUUAAGCACUCCACUAAACAAUGGUGUUUGCAACAGACUGACAUAAAUAUAUGAAGUUCUGGCCAAAGCCCAUAAAUAUUUCAGUGUCUACUUUUUGUUAACUGAACAGCUGCAGUACAAUGCAUUAUUAAAGGGAUAUUGUUGGAACUAUAUAAACUAUAGGACUGAGCAACCCCUUUCUUCUGAAAAUAGGAAAUACAACAUAAUGUGUCUUACAUUUUUCUGGGAAGCUGUCAACAGCCAAACUCAUUAAAAACCAACCAAGUCAACAACGCUCAUAAACACUAGAUUCCUUCACUUGAACAGAGAUGCCAUCAUAAAAUCCGUUCAUUCCCACAGCUAAAUCCAAGUGGGGCUUUAUACAAUUGUUAAUUUCUACCCAUAACUUCUAGAAUCUAAGGGAUGUAGACUAAGCUGAAAAGGCUGGCUUUUGAAAACAAUCUCAUUCCUGGAUUAGAAUUGUAUGACCAUGUUCUACUUUCCAUGUUUGCUAACAGGAACCAAUAUAUAGUAUCAACACUGGAAAACAUUACAAUUUUCUUAAAAAAAGACAUGGACUUGCCUAACUGAGGUUAAUCUGGCUAUGAAUACAAAUUCACAUAUGUAUUGACUUGGCUUAUCAGGUUAAACACAGCCUGUGGUUAUGCAUAGGCAUGGACUUGUGGGAUUAAUUGCCAUUAACACCCAGAGGUGAUGUAUUGAAACCAAGUCACCCCUGUGAUAGCUUGUUGCCUUGCCUUAUUAGCUACCUGGGAAGAGCCCUCAGGGCUUAAAACCAAGACCCAAAAAACCACAUGGUGGUUUGUAGCAAACACCAGCAGAAGGAAUUGAGAGCUAUGUAGUUAUUGUGAAUGCAGUUUGACCCUGGACUAUCACCCAAGUAAAAGGCAGAUAAAUGGGUGUACAGCUCUCUUCUAUCAAACACAUUCCUUUCUAGAUGGAAAGCUUUAAAUACCUAAGGGGUCAAGGAAAAAACCUUUGGACAUGUAACCAUGUUGUGCUGCUCCUUGGUUCAGUUCAAAAGAUGUUAAACCCUUCAGAGCAGGGGCUGCUAUGUGGCUGUCCAGGAAUGUCACACUCAUGGCUAACUUCAGCUGCUUGGUGUUAUCAUCAAGGCUGAGGCUGAUGCUGGAAUGACAUGGAGGGCUUUGAAACAGCCUUUAUUGCUCUUCACACUGGUGUUUGAAAGGGAACACCCUUAAUAUAAAUUAAUAACAUGCUUAUCUCAAAAAAUGCAGUUAAGAUGUAAUGAUUUAAUUUAUUUCCCCAUAACAAUCCCAUUAUCAGACACUGUUUUCCAUCUGUAUUCUAAAAUUUGUCUCAGAAGGUGCUGAAUAGACUCCAAGAGGCAUAGAUCUCAGGCCUAUUUAUUUGAAUUUAUAAAGCUCCAGAUAGUCACGUAGCGUUAUCAAUCUUAGUUACAUGAGUAUUUUAGUAUAUACUGCUGACUUUAUGCGGCCUCAGUUCAGUCCCUCAAGCAGUUGGCCUUCAAAAAUGCCCAACUAAACUAAACAGGAAUAAAAAUCUUUGAAUGAUGGAGGUUCAGUAGGUACCUUUGUUUUGCAUGAACUGUGUUAAAUUACAUUCAGCUUCUGAUGUGUACUUGAAGCAAUCUGUACUGGAAAGUUUAUUAUUAAAGUACAGAAAUAGAUUAGACAGACCCUUUGGCUGUCCCAGUGAUACUAAUUAUUAAUUCUUAUACUUUGAAGAAGCAGAAAAAGAAUGUUUAAGGAUUACAGAAGGCUCACUGAUUCCGUGUUUGAAUGAUACUAUAUUUAUGACUAUAGUUUUGCUUUGGCUCUGUUUGUUGUUUUGAUUAUUUUUAUUUGUAGAAAACAGUGUAUAUGUUGCACCUUAUAAAAAAACAAUGUUUGAACUCUAUUUUUUAAAUAAAACUGACUUACAGU